AUGGGAAGGGAAGAGAAGGGAUUGGAUGGGAUGGGCUGGGAUGGGAUGGGAUCGGAUGGGAUGGGAUGGGAUUGGAUUGGAUUGGAUUGGAUUGGAUUGGAUUGGAUGGGAUGCGAUGCGAAAAGAAGGGAAGGGAAGGGAAGGGAAGGGAAGGGAAGGGAAGGGAAGGGAAGGGAAGGGAAGGGAAGGGGGAAGGGAAGGGAAGGGAAGGGAAGGGAAGGGAAGGGAAGGGAAGGGAAGGGAAGGGAAGGGAAGGGAAGGGAAGGGGAGGGGAGGGGAGGGGAAGGUGCGAUGCGAUGCGACGCGAUGCGACGCGACGCGAUGCGAUGCGAUGGAAUGGGAGGGGAAGAAUGGGGAUGA